AUGGCCAAAAGAACGAAAUCGGCGAGAAAAGCCGCGAAAUCGAAACCGUCCGCCCCGAGACAACGCACGCCCGCGCGUAAAGGCUACAAAGUCUGGACGGAACCGGAAAAGGUAGCCUUGACCGCCGGGGUAGCGAAAUACGGUCCAGGCCAAUGGAAGAAAAUCUUGGACGACCCGGCGUUUGGCCCGAAACUGACCAACCGAUCGAACGUGGAUCUGAAGGACAAGUGGCGCGGCGCGUCCCCGACGCCGACGAAGAAGACGAAGACGCCGGUGGCGGUGAGCAAAGCGACGAAACCGUCUUCGGCGAAGAAGUUGGCGUUUACGAAGAGUCCGCCGAUUGGCGUGAGAAGAUCGCCGUCGAAAACGAGACCGAGUUAUACGAAGACGAAACCGGCGCCGCCGCCGAGAAGGCCGAGCAGCGCGAGAAAAGCGGCGAAGCCGGUCGCGGCGAAGAAGCCGUCGGCUCCGGCGAAGAAGGCGAGUUCGCCGGCGCCGGCGAAGAAGAGCGCUCCGGCAAAGGCUUCGAGCGGCGGAUGCGUUAUUAUGUAA